AUGGCUCACCUCUCAAACACCACUCAAAAGCGCCGCCUGGGGCAGGCGUCUUCCGCGCUCUCGAAACCCUUCAAGUCUCCUCUCCGCCAGCCCGCGCAGAAGAACACCGACAAGGAAGAGAAGAACCAUGACACAUUCCAGAUUCCAAAACGAGAGAAGAGAAAAGAGCUAGCAUCAUUAAGCAUAAACCAGCAAGACACGACCGAACAUGACAGUAAUGAUAACGGUAUUAAUGACAAUGGGAAUAACGAAGACGAACCAACCUCCAACACUAACAAAAGACACAAACCACUACCACUGAAGAACUAUUCCUCUGUUUCCCCCUUCCACCUCAGACCAAAACUGCACCUCCUAAAACAAGACCCGGAACUCUCAAAUUUACAGAAGAAGCAACGAACCCUCCAAUCCCGCCUCCUCGCCCUCCGCACCGAGGUCGACACGGCGUUGCAAGCGCUGAGGAUCGAAUCCUCCGAUAGGGACGCGGAGCUGGAAGCACUUAUCUUGAAGUGGCGCAGCGUGAGUCAAGAUGCCGCCGAGGAGCUAUUUAGCAGUGCCAGGGAACGAGUUGCGCGGAUGGGAGGAGUGAGUGGGUGGAAGAGGAUGCAGAAGGAGCGGAGGGAGCAGGAGCAGCGGCAGAUGUUGAUUGAGAUGGAAAUUGCUGGCGCUGAGGCUCGGGGUCCCGGUGGUGAUGAUGAUUGUAAGGAGGAAGGUGAUGUUGCUUUGCAGGGUACGAAUGGGAAAGAUGUUGACGAUGAUGAAGAUAAGGAGUUUACCAUGGAUAUGAUGCUGAACACGCUCAAUGUUGAUCUCAAAAUCAUCGGAUUUGACAGGGAGAAUCAGAGAUGGAAUAAGCCCUGA